AUGUUUAAUGAAUUAAAUUUGAAGUCAAGAGUGUCUGACAGUUUAACAGGAACAAGAAACGUUGAUGCUGACAUGAGUUCAGAAUCAGAUGAUUAUGAAUAUGAAAAUAAGGAUGAUGAAGACAACGAUUAUAAUAAUAGUAGUGAUGAAGAUGAGGAUGCUGCACCUGAUAAUGAAGAAAAUGCUAAACGUGUUCAAUGUAUAAAAACAAUAUUUUCUGGAACAUGUAUCAAUGAUACAAUUAAUCGUGAUUUAGCAAACUCAUAUUUCAAAGUGAAAAUUAAUGAUACGACGAAAUUGUUACAUAAACAGUCAGUAGUAUGGCUGUUGACUGACAAACAUGAGCGUCUGUCAACCGAUAGGUUCUCACGAGUUAUGGAAGGAAGCAAGUAA